AAACCCAGUUUGGUUAAACUGGUCUGUGGCUGUUUUAAUGAAGUGGGAGAACAUGGCGGAUCCGGAAGGAGAGUCAUUAGAAUCAUGGCUCAACAAAGCCACAAACCCUUCCAACAGACAAGAAGACUGGGAAUAUAUCAUAGGAUUCUGUGACCAAAUCAAUAAAGAACUUGAAGGCCCUCAGAUAUCAGUGAGAUUACUAGCACAUAAAAUCCAUUCCCCUCAAGAAUGGGAGGCACUACAAGCUCUGACUGUUUUAGAAGCCUGCAUGAAGAACUGUGGGAGAAGGUUCCAUAAUGAAGUUGGAAAAUUUAGGUUUUUAAAUGAAUUAAUCAAAGUAGUAUCACCAAAGUAUUUAGGAGACAGGGUGUCGGAGAUAGUGAAAAAGAAAGUCAUAGAGAUGCUGUUUAGUUGGUCGGUUGCUCUGCCCGAUGAGACAAAGAUCGCUGAAGCUUACCAAAUGCUAAAGAGGCAAGGCAUUGUGACGACCGAUCCAGAAGUCCCUGCAGAUAAGACUCUGAUUCCCUCUCCACCUGACAGGCCACUGAAUCCUGUCUUUGAAAAUGAGGAGAAGAGUAAACGUCUCGCAGAACUUCUGAAAAGCAAGAAACCAGAAGAUCUACAGGAGGCUAACCGCCUUAUAAAGAACAUGGUGAAGGAGGACGAAACAAGAGCACAAAAAAAUGCCCAGCGCACCAGCACUUUAAUGGAGGUGAACAACAGCGUGAAACUACUGAAUGAAAUGCUGCAGCACUUCAACAAAGAGCAAUCUACCCAAGAGGACAAAGAGCUUCUUAAGGAUCUGCAUGAUGACUGUGAUAAACUGAGGACAACAGUGUUUAAGCUGGCCACAGAAACUGAGGAUGACGACAGUAGUUUAGGUGAAAUCCUGCAGGCGAGUGAUGAUUUGUCACGUGUUAUUAAUUCCUAUAAGAACAUAGUGGAAGGACAUUCUCUCAGAGCUGACACGUCUGCAUCUCCAGCAUCAGAACGCACCAAUAAUGGAAGUGCGUCAGAGAUUUUAAUAGACCUGGCUGGUUUGGACCUUCAAACUCCUUCACCUCAGCAUCCUCCUCUUCCUCCGGCUCAUAUCCCACCAAUUCCAGAUGACCUCUUUACAUCUCCACCAGCCUUUGAACCUCUACGUCCCUGCCCAAACUCUUCUUCUGCUCAAGCAGUCUUUCAAAUCAGUGUGAAAGACAAUCCUACCCGUCCAAUUACGAAUGAGAAUCCAAGCAGUCUGUCUCUCCUUGAUGAAGAACUGAUCUCUUUAGGACUCAGUGAUCCAGUCACAAUACAGAGCUCUCAGAAACAGCAGAAGGAAGAUGAACUUAACAUCCAGUGGACGUCCUUACAGGUUCCUAAUCCUGUCAUGGAUCUGCUUGGUACUUCUUCUCCAUUAGACCUCCUCCAGCAUGCAGCUCCAGCUUCAACUGAACCUACCUCAGCUAAAGACUCCAUUCAUGCCCCACAGCCUCUUGGAGCAGCAGCUUCAUUCCCUUUUCCUGUUUCGGCCUCGUCUGUGUCCAGCUCAUUUCAGGACCUCGCCCUUCUGGACCUGGGAAAGCUUAGCAGUGGCAGCAGUGGACUGAAGAUUGGUCAGUCAGCACCUUUACCCAGUGGAGUCAGCAACAGUCCUGGUGUACCAUCCUCUACACAGCCCCAAAAUUCAGUUUUCCCUCCAGACAGCACUCUCCUCCACCCUGUUUCUCCCCCUCUGCUGGGCAGGCAAGGAACUGCACCCACACAGCCUGACCCCUCCUUGACCAACGUCUUUGUGCCACUGGACUCCAUCAAACCCAGUAAAGAAAGCCCUGUGACGGCCUAUGAUAAAGACGGUGUGUGUGUCCUGCUGCACUUUGCAUCUGAAUGCCCUCCUGGACGGCCUGAUGUGUUGGUCAUGGUGGUGUCCAUGCUAAACACGGCUCCUCUAUCUGUGAAAAAUCUGACACUACAGGCAGCUGUUCCAAAGUCUAUGAGAGUGAAGCUGCAGCCACCGUCAAGCACUGAGCUGGCCCCCUUCAACCCAAUACUGCCCCCUAGUGCCAUCACCCAAGUAAUGCUGCUAGCAAACCCAAUGAAGGAGAAAGUGCGGAUGAGGUACAAGCUGACGUUUGUGCUCGGAGAUCGGCAGUGCACGGAGACGGGGGAGGUGGAUGCAUUUCCGCCGGUGGAAAAAUGGGGCAGACUGUAACUUGCCUAUUACAGCAUAGGUUCUCAGUUCUGCUUCCAAAGAGUUUGCUUAAUUCUGACCUGACUCACCCAGAGCUUCAGAAGAGCUGGAUAAGUUCAACUAGCAUUGGAAAUAAACUGUAAAGUAAUCUAUAUCAGCAGAAUAUACUUGUUAUAUUCCUGCACUAAACUCUGUUUAAAGACAAACUCCAGAAUUUGCUGCAUCUAUAGCACACAUUUGAUUAACGAAACUUGCUUAUAAUAGAAGCUAAGUGCUAGUCUGCUCCACACUGGAAGUAUAGGAAUACAGGAUCCAGAUCUAUUCCCAAAGUGUUCUACUAUUCAUAUUGAUGUGACAGAAUCUGAGAAAAUGCCACUCAAAACUCAACUACACUGAUAUAAACUUACAAACAUUUUACUUACUUAUAGAGGUCUAUCAUAUUUGCAGUUUCAUUUAAAAAAAAUCAUCUUUACAUGAAGAAUUGUUAAAAAUACAUAAUGUGCAUAAACAAUUAUUCACAGCAUUCAGCAGCUGCUUAUUAACAUCUAUUAUAAGUGAAUUUCCAGUCCGCAGCUGUUUGGUUUUGAAGUAACUGACUGGCUGUGAUAAUGGCUUGUGUGCUACAGACAGAGCAGAUGGAGACUAGGUAAAUACUGGAGAACUUUUUUAAAACUUUGAACAGUUGAAGCUUUCUAUAGAGGGGACAGCUGGAGCUCAGUGUUUCCUGCUAAACGAGCCCAAAGCCAAGAACAUUUAUUAGAUCAGAUGUGUUUGAAAGUGCACAACUAUCUCACCAGCAUAAACCAUUAGUUUGGAAUUCUACUGAUUACAAUCCUCUGCAUUAUUUAGUAUUUUGGGUGAUCUUAUUCAGAGUGAGGUUUGGUGUGAAAUUGUGCUUCAUUGUAGAGAAAUGUAUUGAUUUAUCACAACUGUAAAGAACUCCAAUGAAGUCAAAAAUUGUAACAGCAACCUGGCAUUAAUCACCAUGAUACAAUGUAAAUAUACAACACCAUUUUAUUUACAUCUAAAGUCUUAUGGGUUUUAUAUGGCAUGUUGGUGAUGGUAAAAUGGUGGCGAAUAUGACUAUUUUUACAAUUAUUUUUUUUUGGAAACGUUUUUUUGGUUCAAUGCCUUGGAUAUAUGCCUCCACCAUUGUAAUGAAAUGUGAUUUUGAAAAUAGAUUGAAGAUACAAAGCCAUCUAAAAACAAUUUAAAAUAGUGUAUCAAGCACCAGACAGUGCUCAAACCAUCAGUUUUAGUAACAUUUUAGAUCCAUUCACCACCACUGUGAAAACAAUUAUAAAUUAGUAUGUUUCUCUACAAUUGAUCAUUUUACACCAGUUCCAGCUUCAAUAACUCUGGUCUCAAUCUGGUCUGAUUAUAACUGUGUAUUUAUGACGAUAGUUGGAAUUUUCUUUAAAUGUUAUUAGCAUUAGUUCUGUCGUCUGUGAACAUCUAAAAUAACUGAAACUACUGAAGCUGAGUUUGUUACAGAUGAAUUUGCUGCCUCUUUCCUCAAAUCUGAAUUAAAUGAUACAUUUGCAGGUGUCGAUUCCAUUAAUUACAGAAUUAUAUCUGGCCAUAAAAUUUUGUAUUAGUGUGUUAUCUUUAUUUGCUUUAAAUAUUGUUUACAGUUUGAUGGCUUCCGGUGUUUCUCUGUAUUUAUUUGUUUAUUGUUCAUUUACAUGCGUGCUCUGGGAUUUAUCAAAGAUUAUUAUUUAUACUGUCAAAUUAUAUUUUAAUAGAGUUAUUGCAGUAUACUAGUGCCUGUUUGGGCAUAUUUUUUUCUUUUUUUGGACUAGUUCCAACAGUUGUGAUGUCAUACAGUAUUAACAGCAUUUGUCAGCUGUAGUUUGUGAUGUGGGUUCACUAAAGAGCUCUGCAGACCUUUCAGAGGGUGACUGGUAUUUUGAAUUUUAAGAUCAUCAAAUUGAUGAUAUGUAAAACUAACACUAUACAUCUAGGUGUUUUAAUGAAAACGGUCAAUAAAAACUCUUUUGGA